UCUGACUACAAAUAGCACUUACGGGGCGUGUAAUUUGCACAUGACUACAUUGGAAAUGGGCGAACGAACGUAAACAUUCAAGCGAGAUCAAAUCUGUGAGAUUGAAUUAGCUACUGUACGACUGUUUUUGACAUUUUACGUUAAUUUAAAUGUGACAUUUCUGAAAAUAAUACUGUAGAUACACGAUUUCUUAGGGAUAUUCACAAGAAAUGCACGACAGGGAACGAUAUUAUCACGGUGAUUCCAGCGAACAGCAAAAGAUGCUGACGGACGGGGCAAGCAACGAGAGCCUGUUGAGUGAAGAUCUGGUCGACGAUGAAGGGGAGGAUGAUGAUGAGUUUGAUGAAAAUGAAGUGGAGACAGAGAGGGAAGAUGAACUCGAAGAAACGAUGAGUAAAUGGACAAAUUACAUUCAUGGCUGGCAGGAUAGAUGGGUUGUGUUGAAAAAUGGAACAUUAUCAUAUUUCAAGUCGAGGCACGAGAUGCAGUCCGGAUGCAGAGGAUCAAUGAGUUUGGCAAGAGCAGUUAUCGAGGUUCAUGAGUUUGAUCAUCUGAGGUUUGAUGUAAGCAUCAACGACAGUGUGUGGUACCUGAGGGUGAAGUCAAGAGACUCCCGACAGAGAUGGAUCGAGUGCUUAGAAUCCCAGAAGGCUAUGGCUGAAGCAGAGAGCACUAGUCUCCAGAGACAUGGCUCAAUGGUCUCUUUACACUCAGGGGCUAGUCUUACAUCGUCAUCAUCAUUCAAGAAGGGUAGAGGGUUAACAGAGAAGCUUGCUGAGAUGGAGACAUUCCGAGACAUCCUUUGCCGUCAGAUUGAUACCAUGCAAAGCUUUUUUGACACUUGUGCGGAAGCUGUCCCAAAAAAGUGGCUGGAGGAAGCAUAUGGAGAUUAUUCUGGUGAUGAUGAUGAGAAUGACAUUGUGACCCCCAGAGCGAAUCACCACCAUCAUCAUCAUACACACACAGAGAAUGGACCAACAAAUCCAAAGGAUAAAGGAGACAAGGCUUCCUUUGUCCCGCAGUACAUGGGUGUAGAUUUUAGAGGAGAGGCAGUCACGUUCAAGGCGACGACGCAAGGUGUGUUGACGACACUCUCUCACUGUAUUGACCUUAUGAAGCAGAGGGAGGAGCAAUGGCAGAAACGAUUAGAAAAGGAGCAAGACAGGAGAAAGAGAGCUGUAGAGGCGUACAAACAGGUCCUUGCAGAACGCAAACACCAAGCCAGGAUAGGGGGCCCUGAUUACGAGGAAGGGCCCCACAGUAUCAUGAAAGAAGAGGAGUUCUUUGAUGCCAUCGAAGCUGCCUUAGACAUCCAUGAUGAACAGGACUCGGAGAGAAACACAGUGAGAGAUAAUCCAGAUACGUUGUAUGCCAGGACGAUAUGUGCAGACAAGCCUCCAGCAGAACACAAACUAUCACAGCAGUGCAAUGAGAAGGUGGAAGAGAAUAUCAAGUAUGCAUUUUCAAACAUUGAGAGUACAUGGGAUCUGAUACACCAAGAGGGCGAGAUGAAGGUAAGUGGUUUGAUCAUUCAUUUUAUCCCCUUUUGGGGGAAAUAUUUUGAUUUGAUGAGCAUUUGGAAAGGGUUCAGGAUCUGGAAGUGGUUUCGGCGAGAGGAAGAGGGAGAAUUCAUUCAAGGAUGUGGUGAGGGAUGUGCACUUGUUCGUAUGGACAAGGAUGCAGGGGCAGGGAGAAAUAAAGAAGGAUGCAGGGAGUGUAAGGAAUGGGAGGAAGGAGGAAGAUGGGAGGAAGGAGAGAGAGAGAUGGGGGGAGGGAGGAAGUGGAAGAAAGGAAAUGGAGGAAAGGAGGGGGGAAGUAUUUUUCAUUCGGUAUUGAAUGAAUUAUAAUGAUGAUG